CCGCGCUCCCCUCAGGGCUCGGCUCCCCUCACGGCCCGGCUGCCCUCACGGCCCCGCUCCCCUCACGGCCGCGCUCCCCUCGCGGCCCCGCUGCCCUCACGGUGCUCCCGGCCCUGCCGGCGCUGUCCGGAGCGGUACCGGGCCGCUGUUUGUCACCUUCUGGGUGCCCCCGCGGCUUCUCGGUGCUCGAGUGCGGCCUUUUGGAGCCGUUUUCAGCACCGCUGCCGCAUUAAAAGUCGAUUUAAUUAACCCCUCAAGGCCUGUAAAUUGCAUGUUUUCUAGUGGCUGCUUCCCCACUGGUGCGUUUGGGCUUUAAUUUCUGUAUGCUUUGGUGGAAUUAAUUGUGGAUGUUUUGGGAACAUCCUAGAGAUCCUUUAAGUAGCUGGAUUGGAGCAUGGAGCCCAUCUCCCUGCCAGAACCAGGCAUUCCUGCAGGAAACAGCUCAUCUGGGGCACAGGAAAAAUUCCAUGUGCUGGUGGGAGUGACUGGAAGCGUGGCUGCCCUCAAGCUGCCCCUGCUGGUGGCAGAAUUGCUGAAAAUCCCUGCGCUCGAGGUGAAGGUGGUCACUACUGAGAGAGCAAAACAUUUUUACAAUGCCCAGGAGAUUCCUGUGAUCCUCUAUGGUGAUGAAGAGGAGUGGCAGCUGUGGAAGGGCCGCUCGGACCCCGUCCUGCACAUUGAGCUCCGGCGCUGGGCUGACCUCAUGGUGGUGGCACCUCUGGAUGCCAACACGCUGGCAAAGGUCGCCAAUGGCAUCUGUGACAACCUGCUGACCUGCGUGAUCCGCGCGUGGGACCUGAGCAAACCCCUGCUCUUCUGCCCAGCCAUGAACACGGCCAUGUGGGAGCAUCCCAUCACAGCUCGCCACGUGGAGCAGCUGAAGGCCUUUGGCUACAUGGAGAUCCCCUGUGUGGUGAAGAAACUGGUGUGUGGAGAUGAAGGCCGAGGUGCCAUGGCAGAAGUGUGGACCAUCGUGGAAAGAAUUAAAAGGAUCCUUGAAGAACGGGAUGUGCCAAGACAGAGCUGAUGUUUUGGCAUGUAAAUAGUGGGUUUGUGCCUUCCUGAUGGUUUGGAGAUAAAGCCAGCAGGAAGCUGGGCUCCUGCUACCCAUGGCAUGCAUACCUUUAGCUGCUCUCCAACAGAAGGAGCCAACGGUUGUCUUCCAGCUGGUGCCAAAUGUGAAAUGUGGUAUUCACCACAGACUUUCAAAAACCAGAGCCAAGAAUGUGCUGCUUUAGUGUGGAAAACCCUGUGGUAUUUUGGGAGUAACUGUUCUGAGGCUGCUCAGCCCCCAGUGCUUCACACCUGCUCUGUUCUGGGCAGGCUGCAGAAGGUGUUUGAGCUCCUGUGGUUCUAGGGAGGAAAAGGCCCUGCAAAUUCUGGUGCAGGGUAAUUGCAGCCCCUUCUAGCAAGUGUCUCCUGGACCAUUCCUGCUCUCCAAAGCUUGGUCCACAGCUGUGCUGGCUGCAUGUUCCUCCCAGCAGGAGUCACUGUCCAAACAGAUUUUCCCUCUGGGAACUUAAUAAAAAAGAGUUUUUAAUCCU